CAUAGCUCGUCAGUCAGUGAGAGUUCGUCGUUUCGAGCGGGUGCUUGUCCACAUAUAUUUUCAGAAUAAAUUUAUUAUUAUUGGAAUUCAUCGAGGCAAAAAGUCUUUCGACUGUUGACUACAACUACCGGAUACACGCGUUGUCGGAGCGUAAAGCCGCAUUUUUGUAGUGAACUUAUAUUCAAUUUUUAUUAUUUACUCGUAAAUUUCUUUAAAUUUAAGUCCAUUGAAGAAAUAUUUAAAAGUGCAAAAACAAUAUCUUCGUAUAUAUUAAGUUCCGUUAUUUAACAAAACUCUAUCAAUAGUUGAAAAAUGGUGCGAGGUAUUUCUCAGUGGACCAAAACUUUGAGCUUCCCUGCUCGGAUAUCGCCUCAAAAACCUAAUAAAGAAUCAAAAUUUUAUGUGGAUCCAUGUAUGAGCCCUAUAUUACCACCAAAUUCUAUAAACGACAACAUAGACAAAACGUUCGUCAUCACUGACGAGAGCUAUCAAGAGAUGGAGACAAAAAAAGCAAUUAUGGAAUCUAUCGUCUACUGUAUUCAUCAUAAAGAUGGAUGUAAAUGGUCUGAUGAGCUUCGGAAAUUAAAGGCACAUCUCAAUACUUGUAAACAUGAUGCAAUACCUUGCAAUAAUAAAUGUGGUGCAAUGAUCCCUCGAGUGUUAAUGGAAGAUCAUUUGAAAUACACAUGUUCUCAACGUCGUGCACGCUGUGAGUCUUGUUCCAAAGAGUUCACUGGACAAACUCUAGAAAAGCACAUUGGCAGUUGUGGAUAUGAACUUCUUUAUUGUGAAAACAAAUGUGGAAUGAAAGUUCAAAGAAGACACCUCGAUCAACAUAAGCUAGGUGAAUGUGUAAAACGACUCGUAGCUUGCAGAUAUUGUAAUAAGGAAUUUGUCUUUGAUACUCUUGGAACGCAUCAUGCAAAAUGUGGCCACUUUCCUGUUGCGUGUCCUCAUCGUUGUGAGACUGGUGUAUUACCUCGAGAAGACCUGGAGAUUCACCUUAAAAAUCAUUGUACUACAUAUCUUCUUUCCUGUAAUUUUAAAGAUGCUGGUUGUUCGUUUAAGGGAAAUCGUUUUGCUCUAGACAAACAUUUAGAAGAAUCUACUAAAACUCAUCUAAGUCUCAUGUGUAAUGUUGUCACAAAACAGCAGCACCAAAUAGCGGUUCUAAAAUCUGCUAUGGCCAAGCUUUCUCCUAACUAUACCGGUACACUUAUUUGGAAAAUUAGUAAUUACUCGUCAAAGAUGUCCGAAGCAAAAGCUAAAGAAGGAAUAGAACUCAUCAGUCCUCCUUUUUACACUAGUCAGUAUGGAUACAAACUUCAGGCAUCCGUUUUUCUCAAUGGAAAUGGAACUGGUGAAGGAAGUCAUAUUUCUAUCUAUAUAAAAAUUCUACCGGGUGAAUACGAUGCAUUACUUCGCUGGCCGUUCUCUCACAGUGUUUCAUUUACAAUGUUUGAUCAAACUACACAACCCGACAAAGCUUGCAAUAUUGUAGAAAGUUUUAUUCCUGAUCCUACAUGGAAAAACUUUCAAAGGCCUAGUCGAGAACCAGACUCCUUAGGAUUUGGUUUUCCACGGUUUGUUUCACAUGAAAUGAUAAAAAAACAUCACUUUAUCAAAGAUAAUGCCAUGUUUAUAAGAGUUAAAGUUGACCCUAGUAAAAUCGUGGCAGUUUAGUGACAUGAUAUGAUUUAUUGAUCUUUUUCUAAGUAUAUGAAUUCGCUAAUUAUUGUAGCAACAAAACCAUCAAAAACACUCUGUGAAAUGCAUUAAAAUGUUUUGUGAUUAUACAA